UUUCCUACUAGUCUUAAGUCUCCCUUUUCUUAUUUCAACAGACAAAUACUCGUAUCUUCUCCAGUUCUCCAUUUCCAUUACAGAACUCUACCCUUUUUUGCAAUUGGCCAUGUUAUUAGUACCUUCAUUUUCAUGUCAUCCUCCAUUUUCCUUUUACUCAAUCAACAAUCAACCUUACAUAAACAAUCAUAAUCUUCACCCAAUCAAAUACCCUGAAGUAUCUCUUUCUAUCUCCUCUCCAAAACCCCUCCAAAGCCCACAAAUUUUGAACCCGAAAAUCUCCUUUUCCCAAUAUGUCAACAAUCUCUGCUACUCCCAAAACCUCACUCAAGUAUUGUCUAUAAUCAAAGAACAAUUACCUAAUUCAUGUCAUCAUUCAACCCAAUUAGCUGAGGCUGUUAGUUUGUUGGUACAAUCAUGUGGGCAGCAAAACAAUAUUGAAAUUGGUAGAGAAAUUCAUGAGAUUAUCUCAACCCAUUAUAGUAAUGAUCUUGUUCUUUAUACCCGUUUGAUUACAAUGUACUCAUUAUGUGGGUCUCCUGUGGACUCUCGUUUGGUUUUUGAUCAGUUGAAAGAUAAGAACUUGUUUUUAUGGAAUGCAGUGAUUAGUUCUUACACAAAAAAUGAACUUUAUGAUGAUUCAAUAUUGAUGUUCUGUGAGUUAAUUUCAGGGUCAGGGUUGAAACCUGAUAACUUUACUUUUCCUUGUGUUAUUAAGUCAUGUGCUUUGGGUUCAAUGUUUGAUCUUGGAGUGACAAUUCAUGGGUUGGUGGUGAAAUUGGGAUUGGUUAUGGAUGUUUUUGUGGGCAAUGCUUUGAUUAUGAUGUAUGGGAAAUAUGAGUUAGUUGAUGAUGCAGUUAAGGUGUUUGAGAUAAUGCCUGAGAGAAAUUUGGUUUCCUGGAAUUCAUUGAUUCGAGUGCAUUCGGAAAAUGGGUAUUAUAGGGAGAGUAUUAGUGUAUUUGUGAGGAUGCUUGGAAAGGAAUGCUGCUCGGUACCGGAUGUAGCGAUGAUUGUGACAGUAUUGCCUUGUUGUGCAGAGGAAAACAAUGUUGGAAUGGGAAUGAUUGUACAUGGUAUAGCUGUAAAAACGGGUCUUACUCGUGAAGUAACAGUGAAUAAUGCUCUUAUCGACAUGUAUGCGAAAUGUAAGCUUUCAUUUCUUGCUGAAAUCCUCUUCGAAAAGAUCGAAAAGAAAAACACGGUUUCUUGGAAUUCUAUUUUAUGGAGUUUUUCCAAAAAGGGUGAUGUUUUAAAGACACAUGAUCUACUUAGGAAAAUGUACUUGCAAGAAGAUGAAACUAAGAUCAAUGAGGUUACUAUUUUAAAUGUGUUACCGGCUUUCUCCCAUACGUCGCAGCUAAUGAGCUUAAAGGAACUUCAUGGUCACUCAUUAAAACAUGGAUUUCUCCUUAAUGAAUUGGUUGCCAAUGCUUUCAUUGUUGCCUACGGAAAAUGUGAGUCGCUAAGUAUUGCAGAACGUGUAUUUCGUGACAUGGACACUAGGACCCUGAACUCUUGGAACGCGAUAAUAGAUGUUUAUGUACAACAUGAUGAUCCAAGAAGAGCUUUAAACUUAUACCUUGAAAUGAGAUCUUCAGGCUUACAUCCUGAUGGGUUUACCUUAAGUAGUCUGCUGUUAGCCUGUUCUGAAAAUGGUUUCCUUCCAUCUGGGAAAGAGAUCCAUUGCUUUGUGCUACGAAAUGGAAUAGAAACUGAUCCAUUUAUAAGUGUUUCUCUACUUUCUUUUUACUUCCGGUGCCAUAAACCUCAUCUUGCUAGGGUUUUGUUUGACAGAAUAGCGAAUAAAAAUCGAGUUUCGUGGAAUGCUAUGAUAUCUGGAUAUGCACAGAUUGGAUGCCCAGAACAAGCCCUAAACAUAUUCCAUUGUAUGCUCGAACAAGGAACUCAACCCGAUGAGAUCACCAUUACAAGUCUCAUCGGGGCUUGUUCACAGCUAUCAUGCUUGAGGCCGGCAAAGGAAAUCCAUUGUUUCGCCUUGAAGGCCAAUCUGAGAGAAGAUUUGUAUAUCAACUCUUCCAUCCUAGAUAUGUAUGCAAAAUGUGGUUGCAUAGAACUAUCUCGAAGGUUCUUCGACAGCCUAAACAACAAGAACCUGACAUCAUGGACUGCCAUGAUUUCAGGAUACGCAGUCCAUGGGCGUAUAGACGAGGCCUUAUUACUAUUCGAACAGAUGCGGGUACAAGGACUAGAGCCCGAUCAUUUUACAUUUGUAAGUAUACUUAUGGCGUGCAGCCAUGCCGGGCUAGUUGAAGAAGGCCUGAAAUAUUUUUAUCAUAUGCCCAUUUUAUACGGGAUCAAUCCCAGAUUGGAGCAUUACACUUGUGUUGUAGACAUGUUAGCACGUGCUGGACGACUUGAUGACGCAUUGGCGCUUGUUGAAGACAUGCCCAUGGAAGCUGAUGCUAAAAUAUGGAGUUCUUUGGUUAGUUCUUGUAGGACACAUAAUGAUCUGGUUCUAGGAAGAAUAGCAGCCGAGAAACUUCUUCGACUAGAACCAAACCGAGCAGAAAACUACGUAUUAGUAUCGAAUUUGCUAUCUCAAUCUGGCAAGUGGGAUGAUGCGAGAAAUAUAAGGAAAAAAGUAAAGGAAAAAGGUCUUAAGAAAAAUGCAGGGUGUAGUUGGUUAGAAAUAGAGGGAAAGAUAUAUAAUUUCGUAGCUGGCGAUCAAAUGCUUUCGAGAUCAGAUGAGACUCGAGAAAUGUGGAUCGGGUUAGAGAAUAAGAUCAGAAAAUAUGGGUACAUUCCUGAUACAAGUUCAGUGCUUCAUGAUAUAGGAGAAGAAGAGAAAUUGAAUGUAUUAAGGGGUCAUAGUGAAAAGCUUGCAGUAUCUUUUGGUUUGUUAAAAACAGGUAAAGGUAUGACAGUUAGAGUCUUCAAGAACUUGCGUAUAUGUAAUGAUUGUCAUAAUGCACUUAAAUUGGUGUCCAAGGUUGUUAGAAGGGAGAUUGUUGUGAGAGAUAACAAGAGAUUUCACCAUUUUAAGAAUGGAUUUUGUUCUUGUGGAGAUUAUUGGUAAAAGAGUAUGUAAAACGUACAAGGCUAUUCUUGUGACAGACCGUCUCUCGGUGAGACGACUUCAAAUAAGGAGCCUGACCUUAUUCUCAUAAUAUGUAUUAGAUGGGCUAUAUAACUCAUGUAUAAGGCAAGUUUUUCGGUGAGAUUGUCUCAUACAACAAAUUGUGAAACAUAUAUGCAGAUUUUUGUAUAUGUAUUGUAUAUAUUUCGUUAAUGGUUAAAAUCAAUAAUGUAAUACUUGAAAGUAAGAUCGUUACGUUUGAUUUCGAUAAUAAACUUUUGAUUCUUUUUGUUUGUCCUUAUU